AGCGCACAAGGCUGGAAUGUGGGAAAGCUGCAGCCUCUUCUACCUGGCACUUACUGCCCACUGUUCCUAGGCACCUGCUGUGGGCCCUGAGCUCUUUAAAGCCUCCAGCAAGCCCUAGAAGACCGCGUCCUGGCAUGUGAGCAGAGCCAGACUUCACACUGAGCAGCUGCAGUCGGAGAAAUCAGAGAAAGCACCACCCAGCUCCAGAUUCCGAGGGGCCUGCUGGGGACUCUCCUCUUCCUCCUCCUUGAGAGACCCCAAGGCCACUGUGUCACGCCAGCUCCUGGUCUGCCAUGGGACCGGCAGCUGCCGCCCCCUGGCUGUCCUCCGCCCUGCCAAGCAGAUAGGCUAGCGGGUGCUUCAGAAGCACCUGCCUCCUCCCUGCCCGGGCCAGCCCUUCCCUGACUUGGUGGCCACCUUUGCUGACCUGAGGCCAUGUAGGCCCUCGCUCAGGCCUCGGUGGAUGCGCGCUGGGGUCAGCACCUCUGCUCUCGGGGAAUCCGGUACACCAUCAUGCCCUUGGAAUUGGCCUGGCUGCACUGUCUUGGGAUCCUCCUUGGCAUGGCCUUGGGGAACGAGAGUUUGGAGAUGUGGCCUAUGACUCAGGAUAAGGAGUGUGAUGUUACGGGCUACCUGCGGGUCAAGCUGCAGUACAAGAACCGGCUUCAGUACAUGAAACACUACUUCCCUAUCAACUACAGGAUCAGCGUGCCUUAUGAAGGGGUGCUCAGAGCUGCCAACAUCACCAGGCUGCAGAGAGCCCGGGUGAGCGAGCGCGAGCUGCGGUACCUGUGGGUCUUGGUGAGUCUCAACGCCACCGAGUCAGUGCUGAACGUGCUGCUCGAGGGCCACCCGUCCUGGAAGUAUCUGCAGGAGGUUCAGACGCUGCUGGAGAAUGUGCAGCAGGUUCAGCAGAGCCUCAUGGAGAGCCAGGAUGUGGAGAUUAGCCCUCAAGUGGAAGCCUUGUUAUCUCUUCUGAGUACCCCAGGCUUGAGCUUGAAGUUGGUGCGACCCAAAGCCUUGCUGGACAACUGCUUUCGGGUCAUGGAGCUGCUGUACUGCUUUUGCUGUAAACAAAGCCACAUCCUAAAAUGGCAGGACUGUGAGGUGCCAAGUUCUCAGCACCAUGGACCAGAGUCCUUAAAUCAGUGUACAGCUCCCCAAGUGUACCCUCCUCCCCUGCCGCCCACCACCUCUCUGCCCCACUCCUAAGGCUCAAGCACCGGGCCCAGGUUAGCCCCUGAGCAGCCUGUAUGUUGACCAUUAUUAGGUCCACUGGAUGAGUCCCAGGUGCUGGCCUGGGCCCAGCUUCCCUGGGUUGGGGGUAUGCAGUCCCACGGGAUGGGUCCCCUGGGAAAGGUGGUUUCCAUUUAUGACACAGCUGGGCUCAGCUUCCUUCUGCACCUUCACAGUCUUGGCUGGAGCCGCAGGGGCACAGCCACCCUUGCUGGCAGGUGCUGCUGCAAUCUCCUGUGGCCUCAAUAGCAGCCAGUGCCGUAUCCCACAGGUGGGUGGUUAGGGUUGGGGGAACCACAUAGGACUGGGGACUCAUGAGGGCUUUCUUUGGGCUGUGACGGGGGUUCAGGAUGGAGUCAAAUGCCACAUCUUGCCACAGUAAUGCUCUUCUAGUUAUUUUUCUUUUUCUAUUAAAUGCCCACUUGGUUUGGU